AUGGUGGAAGGCGGCUUCACCCCGACUGCUGCAUGGGACACCGUCACUGCGGAGAUGGAGCGGCUCGCAGCCAGGGCCGGUCAGAACUCCCUCGAGGACUUCGCGUUGCACCGAGCGCGCGAAGCGCUGGAGCAGCUGAGGCGCCAGACAGCACCGGAGCCAGCGGAAGCCAGCGCCAAGGCAGCGCUGAGGGCGCAAGUCGCCAUGGAGCGCAAGCGGCACGAAGCGUUGCAGGAGAGGAUCGAUGAGGCUAAGAGUCAGGCUAAAACGGCCGAGGAGAAUCGGGCCAUGCUCCAAGCCGAACUCGAGGAGGUCAGCCGCAAGGUGUCGCAGAACGUGCUGGACUCACCUCGAAAGCAGGCGGCCGCCGAUCGCGUGAAGGAGAUGCAUGACCAGCUCGCGGCUGCCAAGGUGGAAGCUCGGCAGGUUGCCGAUGAGACGCGUGCCAUGGCCGUGGAGCGGUAUGAGAUUGAGAAGCUGAUCACCGAGGCGCAGGCUCGACAGUCGACAGGCUCCACCACUGCCUUGGGGCAGGACCAGGUGAAGGCCGAACUCCUGCAGAUUGCGCACCGCGCCUCGGACAAUGCGAGGACCCUGCAAGAAGCCAUGGCUGAAGUGAGCAGCAAGGCACCGCCUGCUGCCAGAGCUGCAGGAAUUCCAGAAACAUCUGCUGCCGCAGCGUUCCUAAACUCUGAUCUCGGCAGAAGCACUCCCCAGUCUCCACAAAGCAAGAUGGACAUCUCGAAAGGCCUCUUCCAUUCGAGUGGUGGCCUGCAACAUCUGGCGAAUCGCGGUCGGAGUUUGGCCACUGCCUCGUCGGGAAGCCUUGGAUCACCGACAUCGACCGCAUAUCGCGGAGGUUCAGCAGAUCUGGAGAGCAUCCAGGAGAGGCUCAACGCGUUGAGGGGGAAUUUGUCGGACAUGGCAAACCAGCGUCAACACCCAAAUGGCACUACAAGGACCGCCUUUGGUUCCGCAGCUCCUGGCUGA